GCUUAUAACCUCACAGCGUGUCUGCACAGGAUCUGCGCUUCGAGAAAUCAGUCGUUCUUAAGUUCUGGUCGACUUUGUUUGCCUUCUCGACGAGAGUGAAAAGAUUUUUCCGACCGUGAAAAAGCAUCAACUACAGGGGCAUCCAAAUACGGUCUUGUUUCUGAAACACGACGAAGCGACAAAAAAACACAUUUCAAGACGGUGAUUUACUACGAUCAAGUGGAGGUUUAAAAACACAAGCGAAUCAUGAAGCAUUUGCCUGUUUUCCUUACUACAUUCGCCUAUAUUCUUCUCUUGCCAAAAGAAAUAGACGGAAUGACUGCCUGCCCUAGCCGGACGAUUUCUGUCCCUCCAGAUGACCUAGAGGUCACAUCAGAAGGCUACGCUGACGGUGACGAGUACGCACUUGGCAGCAAUUGUACCCUCACUAUCACAACUGAUCCUGGAAAAGUGUUCAAGGUUACUUUAAACGACCUGGAAAUACAACCAGACCCAGACGCCUUAUACGAGAAAUUUCCCGUAAAACUGUUUAAAUGUAAAGACAACAUGGUCGUCAUUGACUUUGGAAGCGAAAAAUUCGAACGAUGUGGAAGACUUUACCAAGACGAACCUGAGACAUUUGUGUCAACCGGAAAUACAAUGUCCAUCCAUUUCCUGACACAGAAAGAGAAAAGCUUUAAUAGAAGGCAUAUUAGAGGAUUUUCUUUGUCGUACGAGACUCAGGUAGCACAAGUGGAUGGAGAGUCUAUUUGCCCAGGUCGACAUAUCAAAAAGAAGAGGAGUGGGACGUUGUUUUCUCCUGGUUUUUCAAGUAACUAUGGUAACGACCAAGACUGCCAAGUUGUGAUUCCUAUCCCAGACAAUUUUCAGAUGAACGUUUGGUUCAGCGAUUUUUCUCUUCAAAACUCUCCAACAUGUCAGAAUGACUGGUUAACCAUUAAAGACGAACAUGGUGGACAAAGAAUGUGUGCUGGUGGUGUAAACAGGUUGCCACCCUUUAAAGAACUAAAAGCCUCGUUAGCGAAAUUUCACUUCAGGUCAGACAGUUCUGUCGAUAGGAAAGGCUUCCGCCUGCAUUACAAUAUGACGCGUCUUCGAGACGGACACUGCAUGUGCACGCUGGGGAAAAGUUUCAUCUGCAUGAUGAACUUCAAUAAAAAGGUUCGAAGGCUUUGGCAUCGUAUCAAGUUCUCUAUAAAGACGACUCAGCUCAACGGUCUUAUCAUGUUUUCCAAGGGAACUCUUAGAGAUUAUAUGUACCUUGGUAUCAGAGAUGGAACAAUUUUCUACAGGAGCGAUUUAGGAACAGGGUCAAGUUUAGUAGUGGCCAAUGACGCAAAAGUCAAUGAUGACGUGUGGCACAAAGUGGAGAUCAGGAGAAGAAAACGUAGUUUAAGCAUUACCGUGGAUGACGGGAGAGCGGAAGACACUAGCAAGACCAGAGGAAAUUUCAACAAGAUUGAUCUACCAGAGUCAGUUGGCUUCUUUCUUGGGACUCCCCCUGAGCUCAAUAUCCUUCCCAACUUUGUCGGUUGCAUCCAGGACUUUACUGUGGAUGGAAGAGAACCACUAUCCAAUGCUUAUGUUUCCAAACCAGAGUAUCCAAGCUAUGGAAUGGAAUACAUGAGUGUAUGCUAAAGGAGCACUAUUUAGUACUGUAGACAUAUCAUGGUGUCAUAUAUGGUUUCAGAGUCAAAGUGUUUCAAAAUUUUAGGGGUUUUUCAGGGUCAGACAGGGAUGUUACUUAAAAUACUUAAGGCUAGAGAGGGGAGGGAGUCAGGCUCUCUGAUGUGGGCCUAUUUUUUAACCAGCCUUCCAAAACUAGAAAAUAGAAGAAAAUACUACCCCCUUCCCCCAAAUAUUUCUCCAACUGCUUCGUAUCAUUUUUACCUUUUGGCCUUCUCCCCUCUCCUUUAAACUUUUUGAAAUGUUCCCAAUUAGUGAAACCCAACAAUAACAACAAUAACAACAACAAAAAAGACAACAAAAAACUAACCAUAAUAGAUUAAUUAUAUAAUUAGUUCAAACCAUAAAAUGAUGACCAUUGCUUUUAUUUCUUAUAAUAAAAAAUGUUUUUAUCUCUGCUUCCAUUUUAUCAAUUAGAUUGAAAUUUCUACAUAUACCCUAUAUAUUUGCUAUUAAGUGUUGCAAGAGCAUUUUAGUGGAAUGUGGUUGCCACAAAUGUAAGAGAUGUGUAUUAAAAAAAAGUUUGCCA